GGUCCAGCCCCUGCCGGCAAAGCCACCAGGGAGCCUGAGCUGUGCGGCGGGAGCCUGCCUGCCCCGGCCACACUGUCACCCCAGCAGCUGCGGGGAACGUUUGGAAAAAGAUGUUUACAGUACUUUCCCGCCAGCCCUGUCAGCAAACAGGUUUCAAGGUGCUCUCCAAAACGUCAACCAUUAUCACUUUGGUAUUUCUGCUUCUAAGCAUAGUUGUUGUUAUUGCUGUUACACUUGUUCAGAUCAACCACAAAGAGGUCCUUUCUCCAGGACUGAAGUAUGGGAUAGUGCUUGACGCCGGAUCAUCUCGGACUACAGUCUACAUGUAUGAAUGGCCAGCAGAAAAAGAAAAUGAUACAGGAGUAGUAAGCCAAACCUUCAAGUGCAGUGUGAAAGGCCCGGGCAUAUCCAGCUAUGGGAAUAACCCUCAAGAGAUUGUCAAACCCAUUGACAACUGCAUGAGUAAAGUAAAGGAGAAAAUUCCCUCUCACUUGCAUAAAAAUACCCCAACGUAUCUGGGAGCUACAGCUGGAAUGCGACUACUGAGGUUGAAAAACGAAACGGCAGCCAAUGAAGUCCUUGGGAGCAUUCAAAACUACUUCAGAUCCCAGCCCUUUGAAUUUAGGGGUGCUCAAAUCAUAACUGGGCAAGAGGAAGGGGUGUAUGGAUGGAUUACGGCCAACUAUUUAAUGGGCAAUUUCUUGGAGAAAACCCUUUGGAGGAGAUGGGUCCAUCCUCAUGGAGCAGAGACUACGGGUGCGCUUGAUCUAGGAGGAGCCUCCACUCAACUAUCAUUUGUCCCAGAGGAGUGUGUGCAGAACUCCAAUAGCACGUUACAGGUGCAGCUGUAUGGCUAUGAGUACAGUGUGUAUACUCACAGCUUCCAGUGUUAUGGAAGAGAUGAAGCAGAGAAAAGGCUCUUAGCCUCACUUGUGCAGAAUUCAAGAAACAAGACCAAGGUUGAUAAUCCAUGCUAUCCCCAGAACUAUGAAACUGUUUUAACAAUGAAAAGUUUGUAUGGAAGCCUUUGUACGGUAUCUCUAAGGCCAACAAAUUACAACCCAGGCCAACUCAUAAAUUUCAGGGGAACUGGAGACCCAGCUCUGUGCCAAGAGAAGGUGUCCUUAUUGUUUAACUUCACUGCUUGCAAUGACAAGGGGGAAGACUGUUCAUUCAAUGGAGUCUAUCAGCCAAAGCUUAAAGGGAAGUUUGUGGCCUUUUCAGGAUUCUACUAUACAGCCAAUGCUUUGAAUUUAACUGGACGCUUUCCCCUAGCUGAUUUUAAUUCAAGUAUGUGGUUUUUCUGCUCACAGAACUGGAGUCAGCUUCCAUUUAUGCUGCCUAAGUUUGAAGAAGCAUAUGCUAGAUCCUACUGCUUUUCAGCAAACUACCUCUAUUACCUGCUUGUACAUGGAUAUAAAUUUAACACGGAGACUUGGCCCCAGAUACAUUUCCAAAAAGAAGCCAGCAGCACAGAAAGUACUGAUCCAAGUAUCAGGGGGUAG